ACAGAGGUUCAAAUCCUCUCCUUAGUUAUUAACCCUUAUCCCACCACUUAUCUGGUUCAUCACAUUUUUUACAUUGUUCCCAUUCUUCUAUCCGUGGCAUUUUUAACCUUGAUUGAACGGAAGGUCUUAGGUUAUAUACAACUUCGUAAAGGCCCCAAUGUAGUUGGCCCAUAUGGUGUUUUUCAACCAAUCGCUGAUGGGAUUAAACUCUUUAUUAAAGAACCAAUUCGACCUUCAUCCUCAUCUUCGGCUCUUUUCAUUUUCACUCCUAUUUUAGCCCUCACAUUGGCCCUGGUUUUGUGGGCCCCCAUGCCUAUGCCUUACCCUGUUUUAGAUAUAAACCUUACAAUUUUAUUUAUUUUAGCUAUCUCUAGCCUUGCUGUCUACUCCAUCCUGGGCUCUGGUUGGUCUUCAAAUUCAAAAUAUGCUCUGAUCGGAGCCUUGCGAGCUGUUGCCCAAACGAUUUCUUACGAGGUCAGCUUAGGCCUUAUCUUACUGGCCUUUGUCAUCCUAACCGGCGGUUUCACUCUACAUAUAUUUUCCGCAACCCAGGAGGCCAUUUGAUUAAUUAUACCAUCCUGACCUCUCGCCGCAAUAUGGUAUGUCUCAACUCUUGCUGAGACUAACCGAACCCCUUUCGACCUUACAGAAGGUGAAUCCGAAUUAGUCUCAGGUUUUAAUGUUGAAUAUGCAGGGGGCCCUUUCGCGUUGUUUUUUCUGGCAGAAUAUGCAAACAUCCUUGUCAUAAAUACUUUGUCAGCAAUCCUAUUUCUUGGAACAACCACAAUUCCAAUAACUCCUUAUCUAACCUCAUCAGCUUUGAUGAUUAAGGCAGCCCUCCUCUCAAUACUUUUUUUAUGGGUCCGAGCUUCUUACCCUCGCUUUCGUUACGACCAAUUAAUACACUUAACAUGAAAAAAUUUUCUACCCCUCACCUUGGGCUUAAUCAUUCUACACAUAUCUUUACCCAUCACUCUUGCAGGUUUACCCCCUCAGUACUAAGUGAGGAGUUAUGCCUGAAUUAUAAGGACCACUUUGAUAGAGUGCUUCAUGGAGGUUAAAGUCCCCCUAACUCCUUAGGAAGAAGGGAUUUGAACCCUGCUAAAGAGAUCAAAACUCUUGGUGCUUCCGUUACACUACUACCUACAGUAAGGUAAGCUAAAUAAGCUUUUGGGCCCAUGCCCCAACAAUGUGGGUUAAACUCCUACUUUUACUGAUUAACCUCAUCAUUAUCUCAGUAGUAUUGUCAUCCCUUUCUUUAGGCACAACAUUGGUCUUCAGCAGCUCACAUUGAAUCUUAGCAUGAAUUGGUUUAGAGAUUAACUCGCUAGCUAUUUUACCCUUUAUAACCCAACCCCAUUUCUCUCGCCCUGUUGAGGCCUCCACUAAGUACUUCCUUGCCCAAGCCAGUGCAUCUGCACUUAUUCUAUUCGCUAUUGUAUUUAAUGCUUGAACAACUGGUGAAUGAUUUAUCAAUACAAUAUCUAAUCCACUUGCAGUGGCCAUAGCCAUUGUAGGGUUAAUAAUAAAAAUAGGAGUCGCCCCUCUCCACACUUGAUUACCAGAAGUUAUACAAGGGGUCACUUUACUAACCUGUUUAAUUAUAUCUACUUGACAAAAACUAGCCCCCUUUGCCCUACUUGUUCAAGUGACACCUCCUGAUUCAAAAAUACUCUUAGUUAUAGGACUCCUAUCUAUUCUUGUUGGAGGUUGAGGCGGGUUAAAUCAAACCCAACUUCGUAAACUAAUAGCUUAUUCUUCGACUGCCCACAUAGGCUGAGUUAUUGUUAUUUUACAGUUCUCUGAAACCAUUGCUUUCCUUACAUUAAUUAUCUAUGCUAUUAUAACUUCUUCCGUUUUUAUCUUGUUCGCCUUGAGCAAAGCUACAACCAUUAAUUCUUUAUCAAUCUCAUGAUCUAAAGCCCCUGUUAUCACCACCCUAACUCCUUUCAUUGUUUUAUCACUAGGAGGUAUACCACCUCUUACUGGCUUCGGACCAAAAUGAAUAAUCUUACACACGCUUUCAACGUUCAACCUUCUUGUAUUAGCAACAUUUGCAGCCUUGUCUUCCUUAAUCAGCCUGUAUUUUUAUCUACGUGUAGCUCACUCAUUCGCCUUGGUCAUUGCACCUAACUCUAUAACUACGGCAACUUUAUGACGUAUCGUAAAUUUACACUUAACACUAUACUUUGCCAUCCCCACUGUUUUAACACUAGUAUUACUUCCGAUUAUUGUGUCGAUUCUGAGCUCCUUUUUUUAACAAGAAGCGAUUUAGGUUAACUAAACCAGGAGCCUUCAAAGCUCCCAAUAGGAGUUAAAAUCCCCUAAUCCCUGAUAAGACCUGCGAGUUACUAUCCCACAUCUACUGCAUGCAAAGCAGAUACUUUAAUUAAGCUAAGGCCUUACUAGACAGGCAGGCCUUUAUCCUACAAGAUCCUAGUUAACAGCUAGGCGCCCAAGCAGCGAGCAUCUGUCUACUUUCCCCCGCCUAUAAGGCGGGAAGGCGGGGGAAAGCCCCGGCAGACGUUAGCCUGCUUCUUCAGAUUUGCAAUCUGACAUGUUACACCCCAGAGCUUGACAAGAAGGGGGCUUAAACCCCUGUAUGUGGGGUUACAAUCCACCGCUUACUCAGCCAUCUUACCUGUGAUAAUCUCUCGUUGACUGUUUUCCACUAACCACAAAGACAUUGGUACCCUUUACUUCGUAUUUGGUGCUUGAGCUGGCAUAGUGGGCACAGCUCUUAGUCUUCUUAUUCGAGCUGAGUUGAGUCAACCAGGCGCUCUACUCGGAGAUGACCAAAUCUAUAAUGUUACUGUAACUGCACAUGCUUUUGUGAUAAUCUUUUUUAUAGUAAUACCUAUUAUAAUUGGAGGGUUUGGAAAUUGAUUGAUCCCAUUAAUAAUCGGCGCUCCCGAUAUGGCAUUUCCACGUAUAAACAACAUAAGCUUCUGACUUUUACCACCAGCCUUCCUUCUUCUAUUAGCAUCUGCAGCUGUAGAAGCCGGGGCUGGCACAGGGUGAACAGUCUACCCCCCUUUAGCCGGCAACCUUGCUCAUUCUGGGGCCUCAGUUGAUUUAACAAUCUUCUCCCUUCACUUAGCAGGUGUCUCCUCAAUUCUAGGGGCUAUUAACUUUAUUACAACUAUUAUUAACAUAAAACCCCCCGCAAUCACACAAUACCAAACACCUUUAUUUGUAUGAGCGGUUCUCAUUACAGCUGUCCUUCUUUUACUAUCCCUGCCUGUUCUAGCAGCUGGCAUUACCAUACUUCUAACAGAUCGAAAUCUAAACACAACCUUCUUUGACCCUGCUGGAGGAGGGGACCCGAUCCUUUACCAACAUUUGUUUUGAUUCUUUGGCCACCCCGAAGUAUAUAUUCUUAUUCUACCUGGGUUUGGUAUAAUCUCACAUAUUGUUACCCAUUAUGCUAAUAAAAACGAACCCUUCGGGUAUAUAGGGAUGGUUUGAGCAAUGCUAGCUAUUGGCCUUCUAGGCUUUAUUGUGUGAGCACAUCAUAUAUUUACAGUUGGAAUAGAUGUGGACACCCGAGGCUACUUCACCUCUGCUACAAUGAUUAUUGCUAUUCCUACAGGUGUAAAGGUAUUCAGCUGACUGGCCACCCUGCAUGGCGGCUCAAUUAAAUGAGAAGCCCCCCUACUAUGAGCUCUAGGUUUUAUCUUUUUGUUUACAGUAGGCGGUUUAACAGGAAUUAUUUUAGCAAACUCUUCUUUAGAUAUUGUCUUACAUGACACAUAUUACGUGGUUGCUCACUUUCACUACGUUCUUUCCAUGGGGGCUGUGUUCGCAAUUAUAGGGGGGUUUGUUCACUGAUUCCCUUUAUUUACAGGCUUUACUCUUCACGAGGUAUGGACUAAAGUACAGUUCAUAGUCAUGUUUUUAGGGGUUAACCUCACAUUCUUCCCGCAACACUUCUUAGGCCUUGCAGGUAUACCACGUCGCUACUCAGAUUAUCCAGAUGCUUAUACCCUUUGAAACUCUGUAUCCUCGGUAGGCUCUCUGGUAUCCCUUGUGGCAGUGAUUAUAUUUCUUUUUAUUAUCUGAGAAGCAUUUGCUGCUAAGCGGAUUAUGCACUAUGUUCCACUCUCAUCUACUAAUGUAGAAUGAAUCCAUGGCUGCCCUCCACCAAAUCAUACGUUUGAACAGCCUGCUUUCGUUCGAACCUUACCCGCUUAACGAGAAAGGAAGGAAUCGAACCCCCGUAAAAUGGUUUCAAGCCAUUUUCAUAACCACUAUGAUACUUUCUUACAUAA